AUGACUGCUGUUUCGGCGGCAGUUAUUGACAAGAGGAUUCUUGGCGGAGACGAGGCCAACGACGGCGAUUUUCCAUUCAUCGUUAGUCUAAGUCGCUCGGCUCAGGGGUCCCAUAUUUGCGGCGGCACAUUGCUGGACAGCACUACUGUCCUUACCGCUGCCCACUGUACUCGAAAUGUCUACUACGAAAUUAGCAAGACGGCAGUUGUUGGCAAGCUUGCCUUUGUUAAGGAGCACCCCGAAUACAAAUUGAAUUCACCACAGGGUCGUCUCCAAGCUCUUAAUGAUAUUGCCAUCUUGAAGUUAUCAACUCCAAUUGCCGAGAGCGACAAGAUUAAAUAUGCAACGCUGCCGAAAAACGGCUCGGACCCUGUGAUCAAUUCCACCGCAAUUGUUGCAGGCUGGGGUGGACAAGUUCCCAGACUCGGGUCACCUGCAGCCGAAAAACUCCGCAAGGUUGCCAUUCCUGUUCUCGCCCGCAAGGACUGUUGGACGUUUGUUCCGGCAUUCGCAGGAAGAGACACAAUAGUAUGUGCUGGUGGAGGCGACAAGGGUAUAUUUGCAUUUGACAGUGGCGGUCCCCUUAUUGACCAGAAAACGGGCCAUCUCAUUGGUGUCGUGUCAGCGGGCGACGGACAUCACCCCGGGAUAUAUACAAGAGUUGGUAGCUAUAUCCCUUUCAUCAAGGAAUAUCUUGGGUCGGUCUCAAAUCCUGAUCCUAAUGCUCCGUCUCGAACUGAGGCCUACGAAGAGGCCGUCGAGGCAAGCAAGGUCUGGAACAAGCAGGUCGAUGAGUACUGUCAAAAGUUUGACAAGGUAAACAUCUACGACUGCCGCGACGAAGCAGCAAAAUGCCAAGGGCUAAGAAAGCCUGAUGGAAAGAUGGACGAAGUUUACCAAUGCAUUGAUAAGAAAGUGGACAAGCUGGUAGAGUGGAUCAAAGAAUGGGAGAUGAAACGCAAGGGAUCUAGCCAAGCUUAG